AUGGGGGCGGCCGCGUCGACAGAGCUGGCAGAGGCUAUCGGCGCCGCGCCGGGAGGAAUGGGCGCUUCGCAUGCCUUGAGGAAGGGCGGAAAUGCGCGUGCUUCCGCGAAAGUGCAGCCGGUGUGGGACGAGGGGGAGGACGAGGCGAUAGAGCGGAAAGCGCGGCAGCUGGAACAACUCAAGGACCGCGUGAACGCAGCCAUCGCGUCUGGUAGUCGUGUCAAGCAGCUAUUGGAGGACGAGGUGCGGCGCGAUAUGGGGCUGUCGGCGAUUCGUCUGCGGUUCACCGCGAACGGCGCGCUGGAGCAUUGCAGCUUGUUCUCGGAGCCCGGCGGCCGGCACGGCUGCAACCAGGACUCCAUGAUCGCGUGGGAGGAUUUUAACGUCCCCGAAAUCGCGGGUCGCGUGAAAGGCCGCAUGCCUCCUGGCGCCGCGUCUGACGUCAUCUUCUGCGCCGUAUUCGACGGUCACGGUCCGAACGGCCACCUCGUCUCGCAGCGCGUGCGCGACUCGCUCCCGAGCCGCAUCGCGUCGCUUCUCGCGCCGCCUCCGGUAGCCGUGUCGCCAUACGGCCACCUCGACAAGAGCGCGCCGCCGAUGGCGCCUGCAAGCGACCAGCUCUUGCAGCGGCUCGGAGUUAAUGGAGGCAGCAGCAAGAGCAAAGGCGCUUCGGGCAAAGUCCACCCGCUGGGAGUAGCUCCGGGCUACGGCGGUGGCGGCGACGGCGGGAGCGGAGGGUUCGGGAUGACGUUGCAGCGAUCGCGAUCCGCCAAUUCGCUGGAAAAUUCAGCGCCUCGGGGGUCCGUUUCCCCCUAUCACUCAUCCUCGUCGUCAGCAUCCUCUGCGGCGGCAGCGGCGGCGGCGGCGGCGGCGGCGGCGGCCGAGGCGUCCAGAGAGGCGUCGAAGGCGCAGGUGGAGCGCGCGUUUCGGCGCGCGUUUCUGGAGAUGGAUGACGAGCUGCGCAGCCACCCGCACGUGGACGGCCACGUCAGCGGCAGCACCGCCGUCGUCGCUGCGCUGCUGGGCCGUCGAUUGGUGGUGGCGAGCAUUGGCGAUUCGCGCGCGGUGUUGGCGUAUCGUUGCAAGGCGGGCCACGCAGCUCCCGGGACCGCGCCCGCAAUCAACGGCAUGCAGUGCAAACCGCUCACCAACGACCACAAGUGCAGCGUCGCCUCCGAGCGAAAGCGGAUUGAGCAAGCGGGAGGUCGGGUUCAGGCUUCGGAACAUGAGCCGUGGACGCCGCGAAUCUGGUUACCGCGUGAGCGAAGCCCUGGCUUGGUGCCCUCGCGAGCGUUCGGCGACUUCGUGGUGAAGGAUUACGGGGUGAUUGCCGAACCUGACAUCCUGAUUCGGCACCUCACUUCGGAAGACGAAUUCAUUAUCCUCGCGUCAGACGGGCUCUGGGACGUCAUGACCCCUCAGGAAGCCAUGUCAGCAGUGCUUGCCGCCCCAACCCGUCAGACCGCCGCCCGGCAUCUCAUGGCUCAUGCUCGCAGCCUCUGGGCGGCAAAGCACCAAUCGGUCAGGCCCGACGAUUGCACAGCAGUUGUCCUUUUCCUCCCAGAGUUCGCCCCCUCGGGCCUCCUCUCUGGCUCUACCUUGCCACACUCCGGGCCCCUUUCUUCCACCCCUUUCUCUGGCCCUCUCUCCUCCUCCACUCCGUAUUCGGGUCCCUUGUCUUCCAUCCCUCAUUCUGCUCCUCUCUCUAGCUUCCAUUCCUCUGGCCCCCGAGGUUACUCUCUGCUUCUGCAGCAGCAGCAGCAGCAGCAGCACUCCUCUUGGCAGCAGAAUCCUAAUCAGCAGCAGCAGCAUAACCAGCAGCAGCAGGUGCAGCUGCCGCCUCGGCAGUUCCUCUCCCACCUGCCCAUGCCUCUCCCGAACCUAACCUCCAGCGACAUCAAGCCAGCCAUUCCCAUACCUGGCUCGCAGCGUCGGCACCCAGAGCAGCGAGGCCCGGGAGUAGCCUCAGCAGGAUCAGGUUCGGAGAACAGCUGGGAGGGGGGAGCAGGAGACGGGGCAGGAGGAGCGGGAGGAGGGGGUGGAGGAGGGAGAAGGAAGAAGAGCAGCAGGAGGAAGUCAGGGCGGAGGGAGGCGGGGCCCAUGUCACUCAUGGGUGCGGUGGAGGAAGGAAACGAGGAAGCUUUUGAUGAUACGGCGAGCAUAGCGAGUAUAGGCACCGUGUGCACGGACGCAUCGUUUGGUACGGUGAUCUACUCGGAAGCAGAUUAUAAGCCGAGCGGAACAAGCCGAGUAGAAGGGGUGAGCAAUCCUCCUGUGGUGCUCACGCCUCCUGUGUGUGAGGACGGGUUUUACCGCGAUGACACGAUUCGAGUGCCUGUGGAGAGGCAGGUGGAGAGGGGGACAGAGAGGCAGACAGAGAGCCGGGAGAAGGAGAACAUGGGGAAUGGAGAUGGUGUGCGAUCGGUGCUGGGAAACACGGGCCAGGGCGUGAGCAGCAGCAGCACCAGCGACAGUGUUAGUCCGAGCAAUAGUGAUAGCAAGGCAGUGAAGCAAGGUGGCAAUGGGGAGGGCAGACGAAAUGUUCUCGGGCUGUUUUACAAUGGGGAAUUCGCCUCUGCUUCUGCCUCCGCCUCUGCCUCUCUAAGUAGCUCCAAGGUGGUGCCACUGCCACCUGAAGGCCACACCAACAAUGCCCCUGAAAACCCACCUGGGAAAGCACCUGGGAAUCCACCUGUCACCAUCUCCAUCUGCUCUGCUGAUGGUAAACUCCAGGCGCCUGCUGAUGCCCGAGUCAUGGCUCCACCCAUGCGCUCUCGGAGUCUUACCGCCCUGUCGGGCUGCAUCGGUGGGGGCAUGGCUGGCACGGGCGGCACGGGCGGCAUGAGUGCCUCCUUGAGGGAAGUUCUGGGGAGCGAGGCCAGCAGCAGCUGCACCAGUGGCGGUUGUGGCAGCGGUGGGAUGGCAUGUGGUGUUGGCAGUGGGAAUGGGUGCAUGAGUGCGAGGAUGGUGGAUCGCUAUGAGAGUCUGGGCAGUGGUGCUGCUGAAGAAGCAGGGGACGGGGCAGAGGGCGGGGUGGGGAGUAAAUGGGGCAGCACGUGGGAGAGCAAGUGGGAGAGCAGCAGUGCAGGGUGUGGAGCGGCUGUGCGGUAUGCAGUGGCACGGAUGGGUUUGGACACGGUGUGGCACAAGUGCUGGCGCACAGAGCCGUGA